AGUUGGCCGGUAAACAGGUAAUUCGGAGGCAUGUAAUGACAAUCUUAAAUUAGGAAUUCCACAACUGGUCUGCAUGAAAGCGGUCAUAGCGGCCGUAUGAAAUCCGAGAGUAUCAUAAGUAGCUUGAUAGAAUAUAGUUUAAGUGGAGUCGCUAGAAAUAUAAUACUAUCCUACUUUGAAAGUAUUACGAUAGGGAAGUUGUUAGUAGCUGAUGUUCAGAAUGGCUGCACAUUUGUAUACCCAAGCGAUGCAUCAGAAGUAGUUAAGCCAUCAGCUAAAAUAACAGUAAAGAAUGCAACAUUUUGGAUACGUUUACUACUCUCAAAGGAUUUGGGGUUUAGUGAAGCGUUUAUAUUUGGUGAUAUUGACGUCGACGAUUUGACUGAAGUGUUCAAGGUGUUCCUUCUAAAUCGCCGAAAUUUUGAUGAAACGCCAUAUAUACCUUCGAAAGUUCAUAGUAUACUUUCUUACGCGAUUAACACGCGUUUUAUGCAAAAUAUCACAAAUACUAGAAGCCUAAAUACCAUAGCAUACGAAGAUUCAAGUGGAUUCUUCCAAACGUUUCUAUCUAAGGAUAUGUCACAUAGUUGUGGAAUAUAUCAAAGCGCGUAUGCUGAUAAAGAACUUGCAUUUUCAUUCAUUGGCUCUGACAACAAGAAGCAACACAAGCAUAGACUUAAUAAGAUGGGUUCUUUCCUGGCUAAUGGCGACGCCGUCAAUGACGGUGAUGACUUACACAAUGCACAAUUGAGGAAAAUGCGCACAAUAAUUAGAAAAUCUAAUAUACUACCAAAUAUGCGCCUUUUAGAAAUUGGCUGGGGAGGCUCUUUUGCGAUUGAAAUGUGCUCUCAGUAUCCAUCAUUGGUAAUUGACACAUUGACAGUGAGUAUUACUCAAAAAGAGCUGGCCGAAGAGGCAACUAGGAUUGCUGGAUAUACUCAUCGAAUAAGAAUACAUCUAUGUGAUUAUAAAAAUAUGCCAUUAAGUUGGAAAUCCCAAUUUGAUCGUGUUAUAUCGAUAGAAAUGAUCGAGUCAAUUUCGACAGAACAGCUCCCUGGAUACUUUGAAUGUAUAGAUUGGGCACUUAACGAUCAUGGUAUUGGGAUAAUACAAUCUAAAACUAUACCAGAGGCUCGCUACAAAGAUCACGUUGAUAAGGUUGAUUUCAUCAGAAAGUAUACCGGGGAAAUGCUUCCCUCAUUAACAUUAAUAUUCAAUGCACUACACGAUGGUACAAAGGGUGCACUAAUUAUCGAUAACAUAAUGCAAAUUGGGCCGCACUACGCAAGAACAUUUAGAGAUUGGAAGAAAGCAUUUUUGCUCAACUUUGAUCAAAACAUCAAGCAUCAACUAGACAGCUUAACAGACAAUGAAGUCGAAUCAUUCAAACGUAAAUGGAUUUACUAUUUCACCUAUUGUGAAGCAGGAUUUGAAACCAGAACUUUCGGAAAUCACAUCAUAACAAUGACGAGGGAAUCAAACAAUGAUAUGAUAAAUGUAUAACAAAAAAAGAAAAUUAUCGUGUAUAAUAAUUUUAGAAUGGUAUCCUAUGCAUAGACUAUCUAUAGUAAUUAAUUGAUAACAGUAACCCAACCAGCUUCACCUUGACUAUCAUUUUCAUCGUCAAUAUCAUCAUAAAUGCUAGUUCUUAUAGGUGCAGGUGGUGUAGUAGAGAAUGAAGUUGAUAAAUUAGCUAAAUCUUGUGUAGCUUCUAAAACAUCCAAAGGUGGAGAUUCCACUCGAUCGUCAUCUUGAUAAGAAAGUUGCUUAUCAUUUCUAAGCAAUUGAACAAUCGCUUGAUUGUGUUGUAAAUCCGUUUCGACGAGUUCAGGUACUUGAUCGUCCGUAGUGGCCGUGAAUGCAGGUGAUGAAGGUGUCGGCGUUGAACUUUGCUGCACGAGAUCGGUAAGAGCUGAACUAGAGGAUACUGAUCCAUUCUCCACCCUAACUGAUGAAGGUGGAGUUUGUAUGUUUGGUAACCGAGGCGAAGAAGGUGGAUUAGUUGAAGGUGGAGUGAUUAGAUCCUUAUCUGUGUUACUAGUGAAUUGAGAUAAUGAACUACCAGUAGGUGAACUUGGAUUGCUUGAACUAUGAUCAGAAUGCUGGAAUGCUGUAGCUCGUUCUUUCACAUUUUUAGAGCCCGAGGAAAUCCUCCGCUGUGCAUCCAUAACGCCUAAAGAAGUUGAAGGUCUUUGUUGUUGUUGUAACGCUAAAAUUCUUUCUUUCACGCUUAAAUUUGUCAUUUUUAUUUCAUUGGC